CAACAACAACAACAACAACAACAACAACAACAAAAAUAACCUACCAACUGCGAAGGGGCUACGGCUACAGCUACGACCACGACCACGACCACGACGACUACGACUUCAACUAACGAAAAACAACAACGCGACGGAAAAGAAGGUGCUUAGAGCUCAACGUACAACGGAAGCGUCUAAAAACGGAAGCAACUGCGGCAGUCGACAGUGAAAGGUGAAAAUAAAGCAUUUAGUUGUUUGAAAGUCACAAUGUAUCACAUUGUCAAAAUACUUUUGCAGUCCCGAUAAUAACGAACACACCCCACAAAUCGACGGAACAAUACAGUUAACAGUGCAAAUUUCUGUUGCUGAACAUAUGCAAUGCAAUGCUGUUAAUAAGUAAUUGAAAUAUAUUUUUUCGUAUUUAGUAUUUAAUAUAAAUUUGAAACGAAUUUACAAUUACCAACAUAGCCAAUGGUCGUUAUCCGAAGCUUAAACUCUUUUGGAUAUAUUGUAUAGCAGCAAUAUUGAAGGCAACGCAAUAAUAGUCCGCACUUUUACUAAGUUGCAUUCAAAGUAAAAUUGAACUAAAAUUGCAAUAGUAUGGCUUCGCCACCGGAAAGUCCUAUCGAAGAGGUAGUCUACGAAUUAGAACACACAAGAGUGCCUAAGCCAAUUCCAGUAGCACUGGAAGAUUUAUGCAGACAAACAAAAUUUACGAAACAGGAAAUACGCGUGAUGUACCGAGGCUUCAAAACUGAAUGUCCUGAGGGUGUAGUACAUGAAGAUGGAUUUAAGGAUAUUUACGCCAAAUUCUUUCCACAUGGCAACUCUAGUCUAUAUGCUCAUUAUGUGUUCAAAGCAUUUGAUGUUAAUUCUAAUGGCGCUAUUAGUUUUCGGGAUUUACUAGUUACCUUGUCUACGCUGCUAAGAGGUUCAGUGUAUGAACGAUUGCGAUGGACUUUUAAAUUAUAUGAUCUCAAUGGUGAUGGACGCAUAAGUCGUGGCGAGUUAGGAGAAAUCGUUAUGGCAAUACACGAAUUAAUGGGCCGAAGGCCACAUCAACCAGAAGAUGAUAGAAAAGCAAGAGAUCAGGUUGAUCGAGUUUUUCGAAAACUUGAUUUAAACCAGGACGGUAUUAUAACAAUUGAAGAAUUUUUAGAAGCAUGCCUUAAGGAUGACCUCGUUACCAGAUCAUUACAAAUGUUUGAUAAUGACCUUUGAUGACCCGCAAAUGAGCAAGAAAUACGUAAUACUAAUAGAAACGUAAUAUCGCUAAUAGAUCUCUAAAUUGUUAUA